AUGAGGCGCAAAGUAAUAGCCCAGAAAUCUUCUGGAAGAAGGAAAAGUGACAAGAACAAGGAACCAAGCAUGGAAGAAGAGGAAGAGGAAUCUCAUACAUCACCUCCUCCAUCACCACCGAAGAAGUCCACCCCACAUGCGUCUGGAAAAAGCUCUCAGAAAACCAAAGGUUUCGUGUUUCAUGAGACCCGGGAACCCGCAAACCUUGGAUCAAUGGAUUUCAAGAACAAAUUUCAUAAACCACAUUCUCAUUUUGAUCCUUCAAGGUUUUCUACAUGUGCAUUCUAUAAAUUCCACAAAGAGAUUUUGGAAAAGCGGCAUCUGUGUCCCUCAUACUUGGUGAAUCUUGAUUCUCUGGCUGCCAAAGGGAUUAAUUUACAUCCUCUGUUUGACAAUCUCAAAUGGUCUCCAUUGCUCUUCAUUCACAAAAUGGUUUACCCAGGGUUGGUAAGACAGUUUUAUGCAAAUCUGAGAUUGAUUGAUGGUAGUCUUCACUCCUACGUAAAGCAUGUGCAUAUCACUCUGAAUGCUGAAACCAUUGGCUCUGCCCUUGGUUACACUGAUGAAGGGCCGAGGGUUUACAUGACUGACAAAUGGGAUGCACACGUUGGGGUCACAUACAAGCAAGUUCUUCAUCAAAUCUGUGAAAAUCUGUCUAGCCUAGACGACACUGUUCCCACUCACAAGGCUCUUGGACCAACCAACUCACUACUGCACCGCAUCAUAACUCACAUUCUUACCCCACAUAGUGGCUCUCAUAAUAGGGUAACAGUAUCUGAUUGUCUCAUAAUAUUUGCUCUCGUUACUUCAUCUUCUGUUUCAUUUAGUUAUCUCAUGAUUAGACAUAUGUGGGAGUCUGUAAAGAGUACAAAAAAGGCUAAUUUACCUUAUGAAACGUUUCUCACGUGUAUUUUUGAGUACUUUAAGGUAGAUUUAACAAAUGAGGAUGUAGAAAACAAAGUCUCUAUGAUCAAAGGAGGGGGCGCUGUUAAAAAGGGAAAGAAAUCUAUGGCUUCUGAUGAUGAUUUUGAAAGUCGGCCGGAAUCCUCCAAGGCAACCGAAUCCCUCAGAGACAUUCUCACAAAAUUCUCAAACAUGUCCGAACUCAUGGUUCAAUUUCAUAGGUCUGCACGCAAACUAGCAUAUGAAAAUGAGUCAGCCUGGAAGAAAUGCCAAGAUAGGGUCGGUCUAAUGCUGGAAAGCCUUGAAGAUGAAGUGGGUAGUGAGGCAGGGGCCGAGGAAUCUAACUUUCAUCUCUCUGAUGAUUAA